CGACUUAGUUGCAGAGCGCGGCAACUUUCUUUGAGCAGGGAUCGAAGCGGGGAACUGGAAGUGCACUAUCCAUUUUAUACAUAUUACAGUCUCAGUAUAGAUGAUGCCGGUAUGAAAGAAAAAAAAAAGUUGUCAUAUAUUUCGUACUGAGUACUAUGGUAUAGACUAUGGAUGUUGAAGUGUAUGCCAUGACACGCUGUAAAUGUAUGCCUGGACAAUCAGGCAAGCAUGACAUAAGGUCACGUGAAUGGGUGGGACUUACGCGUUUCCGAUGUUUUGAUGCCUCGACUCUUGCCGACGACGGACAUCCUGAGCCCACCGACGACAACCAAUAUCCACCGACCCCACGCCAACUUUCAAUGCCGCUGUCGCCCCAGUCGCUAUCCUGAUUUGGGCUUUGUCGCCCCCAGUUUCACUCGUUCAAUCUGAAUAUUGACCUCGACCGACCGACAGCUGGGCAUCGCGUUUGUUUACAUCGUCAUGGCCGCUAGUGGCGCGAGGGCGCAGAAGCCUGUGGGCUCUGCGGCAUGGAUUUCCACGGAGAAGGAGAAUUUUACGAAUCUGCUCAAUCAAGAGAUGGAAGAAGUGGAAUAUCCGGUGCGCCAUGAGAUGGACUGGUUGAAUGAGCAUAUGGCCGAGAUCUUCUCCAGCAACCAAUUCAAUUUCACGGAAGCUUUUAAAACCCCCGGAAAGUUAAGAGGCAAGACGCCUCGGACUGCACGCAAAAGGGAUCCUGCUGAGAGUCGGGUGCCCUUGAGUGAGAUCUUUUCAACGUCGCAUAACAGGUUUGAGGAUAAGGUUGCGAGCCCAACACCUCACCGUUCUCCUGCUAAACAAAAGGCCCCUGUUUCCGUGCCUACUCCAGCUCCAGCUGCAGCUACACCUACAAAGCCCAACCAUGCUACAGAGAAUGCCCCACGACUCCAGUACCCUGAUCUCAGCAAGAACAUGAACUCUUUCACGACCUAUAACACGGACUCGGGCUACCAUGGAAUGCCGGAUGAAGGCGAGGAGGAAGAAGAUGACGAUGUUGUUCUGACACAGGUGCAGCCUGAAUCGCAAACAUCCACCCAGCCAUUCGAGAGUCAACCCACCCCGAAAGACGUACAAGAACAUCGUUCUUCGAUUAACCGCCGUUCCACGGGCGCUUCCUUCCACUCAGCACAUGAGGACGUUGAACAGCGCGGAAACACGGUGGAGCCUAUGCAAGUUGACCCAACUCCUGAAGCGGCCACAAAGGAACAUACCCCCCAGCCACAGCCGAAGGCGAAAGAGCCUGAGCCGAAAUCGGAGACAGAGGUGCAGCUUGAGCCUGAGCCUGAGGCACAGCCAGACGCGGAGCCCGAUGUCGAUGACGAGGAACCUGAAACGAAAGAGCCAACACCAGCACUGCAGCCAGAGGCGGAGCAAGCGGAAGAGCCAGAAGAGGCACCAGAAACUCAACUACCAAAAGACACAAUAUCAUCACCUGUUAAAUCAUCGCCUAUGAAAACUCCCGCUCCCCAGCCGUCGGAGCUUCAUGAAGAAGAGAAGGAUGACGCAAAGGAUGAUAUGGCCCUCGAUGAUGAGAACUUGGAUGACAUUGGCUCACCUUCAGAUGGCUCCACUCCGGAUCGCCCGCCGAUUCGUAAGAGCAGUCUUUCUUUUGCCUCACUUCCUGCUCGCGAGCCGCUCAUGAAGAAGAGUUUGGGCGGCUCCCGUAUCUCCCGAACAAGCCACAUUGACAUUGCCAAGAUCAACAACACCGGGGGCUCUGGUUUCUUCGGUAGGCAGACCGGUGGACACAGAUCAACCCAGGCUGCUCUGGAUGAGAAUGCGGCACAUGGUGAGAAGAUGGACCUUGAUGAUGAUAAAGGAGGCUCCCAGGAAGACACGGACGCAGACACAAAGGCUAGCAAGCUUCACAACAAGUCGUCUACUCAGCGAUUGCAUGAGAAGAUCAGUAUGCUUGGAAAACUCCAACCAUCACGACCUACGAAGUCUAUUCCGGCGGUCCAAGGCCUGCCCUCCACACAAGUAACAUAUCCAGAACUUCCGUCAUCUAAAGCUGAUGCAAAACCGGAGACGGCCUCCCAGAAAUCUCGCGGAACGCCAGCUCUGGAGGCCAUGGAAACUGAGGAUGACGAAUGGAUCCGGCCCUUGAGCUCACCCUCGAAGGCAAACUUCCCCAGGGGCCAGACAGCAGAUGCUCCAGAGAAACGCUCUGGCAUGGGUGCAAGUCAUACCCCUGACCAUGACGAUGCAUCUGCUACUCGAAAGAAGAGUGCAGCCCCUGAAGAGUCAGCGAGAUCCAGCGCAAAACAGGGCUUGGAAGCGGUUCUUGGCAAAUAUUCGACCCCAACGUAUUCAUCCCCUCAACGCCCCGAUCACCAGGCCAAAACCUCCACUUCACAUAUGGAUAGCCAAGUGUCGACCACCCCUGCAGGCUCUCCUAUCGCUCAAGACGGUCUGGUGAGUGCGUCUAAGUCGAGAUUACAAUCCAUUGUGAGGUCUGCCAAAGGUCUUUUCACGAAUUCUGCCGGCGUUGCUGCAGCUGCAAGGAUGGAGGUCUCUUCUCCAGACGAGCACAGAAUGCAGCGCACCGAACGUGUUGAGCCAGACAGGGCCAGCAAGAAGGUUCCACAGCCGACGCGGGACCACAGUCCCCCGCGACAAGAAGGCCGCCGAACACGAAGCUCUACCGAGCGGGAGGAACGUCGAAAGCAGAAGGAACUUGAAGAUCGCCAGCGUGAGGAGGAAGAAGAGCAGGCAGUGAGGGCACGGCAGCAAGAGAAGGAAAAGCAAAGAGCUGCUCAGCUCAAGGCUGCGCAGGAGAAACUAUCGGCUGAAAAUGAAAGUCGCAGAGCUCCGGUUGCACCAACUCCGCAGAAGAUGUCACAACUACAGAAACAUUCUUCGAGAGAGCCAGAGCCUAGCUAUGAGACAACCUCGAAACACACCGCCCGUCCGUCCGUCUCACACCAGCAGUCAACCAGGCAACGCCCUCCCAGGCCCACCCGAGAAGCUCUGCAAAAGCCGAAGCCUCAACCCCAACCCGUGUCGAUCCGUGUUGGCAGCGCUCUUUCUCGUCAAAUACCCAUGGCAUCCUCUUCGGUGUCCGGUGCUGCGGAGUCCAGCGUUCCGGUACCAACUCCCGCUUCCGCUUCUAAGCCACCUACCCUGAAGAAGAAAGCAAGCAACUCGUCUUUGCACACGGCGUCUUCCAACAGCAGCUUCAAGAGCUCUGUCUCCAGCCAGACACAGCGAAAAGCCCAGCUCGCAAGUGAGAGGAAGCGAGAGCAGGAAGAACGCGAGGCGCGCCGGAGAGAAGAACAAAGACGCGAGUUAGAACGCAAGCGUGCUGCCCAGCAACAGGAAGAAGCUCGUCGACAAGAGAUGCGGAGUCGCGCAGAGGCCGAACGUCGAGAGCGACUUGCUUCCGAAGACCCUAAGAAGGCCGCCCAGAUGCAAGCCAUCGAGAAGCGGAGACUAGAGAACGCUCGCAGGCUUGAGCGGCAAGGUAGUCAGCAACCUGAAACUAACACUACACACCCGCCAGAGAGGCCGGCUUCGCAGGCUGCUCGUCCCGCUUCACGACUGGGCUCCAUGCAGCCAUACAACCGCACAAUCAACCCACCUCAACCCAAUCCGGCCAAACCACCCAAGAGAGGGCUAGAUGAUGAACCAGGUCAUCGCUCUGCAGCAGCGAAGCCUGGCGCUAUGCAGCCUUCUGGCGAAACCAAGCGAAGGAGAACGGAAGACGAGCACAACCCCGUUAUGCGACCUACAAUGGCUCCGCCGAUUCGCCAGUCGAACAUCCGUAAAGAGUCGAUGAUCCGCAAGGAACCUACCAAGCCCUCUUUGUAUGGCCAUGCACAGCCGGGCUCUUCGAUCUUCAAGACUGCUCAAUCACAGCGACCUGCGCAUCCGAUGGACAUGGCCAAGUACGCGAGUGGCAAGAUACCCUUCGCGGAGCCGUCGAAUGCCCCCCAGCCAGCUACGCACAAGACCCCAGUCGCCAGCUCUUCGACUCAGAAGGCUGCUCACAAGCCAUCGCCAAACUAUCCUAAUGGCGAGAACAUUCAUCUGCCGGAAAUCGCAACCGACAGUGAGGACGAGGACUCCGAUGCUGAGAUGCUCCCGGUGCCGAAGUGGGCUCAACCCAAGGAGCUCGAGUCGCUUCUGCGCCAGCAGGAGGGCUUGGAGGCGGAUUCCAUUUUUGGGCCCAUUGCUCCGUUCUCGCUGGAGGAGACGUUCAAGGCCGAUAAGAGGAUCAAGAAAUUCCGCGAACGCACCAGCAGUGCAAAUUGGGCUGGUACUGAUGCACUCACUCAGGAAGAAAUCCGACGGGAUCUUGCUGAGCGACAGCGUUUGCGACUUAAUGGGGGGUGGAGUUUCAAUUAGUGUCAGUUGCAUGGGUUUAUCAUGAUACCGAGUGGUUUUAUUCUGGUUUGUUUUAGUAGGAGUAGACUUACGCGUUGGCAUGACUGGUCGGCGUUCUUGAGAUUGGACACUGCUUGGCUGCAUUAUGGGCAUUAUAAUCAUGCAUUGACUUAUGUUGAGCUUUUAUUACUGUAUGCGUUUGGACGAUAGUUGGCUUGGUAUAUGCUGGAUGAUGGUGUCAUGACUAUAAUCAACGACUUGCAGUAUAGUCUUUGACUACAGUGAUUGGUAGCAUAGCCUAAUACAUCGGACAUUCGUAUGGACUUAUUAGGCUAUCCACCUUCAUGAAUAACCUCCACCAGGACCACUAUAUAUAUCCGCAAACUAGUUCCACCCCUGCCAAAC